AUGAAUGGUAGCAAGCUUACAGCUAUUAUUACUACCAAUAGAAACAAAUAUCCACUCUUACUAAACAAAAUAUCAGUAAUUAGUCUUGUCGUACUUGUUCAUUCACAUAUCUAUUGGAUAUAUUCUGUUAUUUAUAUUAUCUAUUACAAGAUAUUAAAGUUAUUCGAUAUCAAGAACACAAAAAGACAAGAAUAUAACAGUAGAGAGAAGAAAAGAUAUCAUGAAACACACUCUACUACUACUACUAUAACAUUUAUAUCAAAUAGUACCAAUUCACAACACUAUAAUAGUCUGCAUUCAUCAUUUUAUUAUAAUUUACCUUUAAAUAGCUACCGGCAUAGUCGUCGUCGUAGUAGUAGUAUGUUGUCUCCUCUACUCCAUCGUAACAAGACAACAAGAAGACUUCAUGACAAUCCCCUUUUACUAUUACCCACUCUUGUAGAAGUCAGUAGUAAUAGUCAUUUUGAUGAUGAAUAUAACAACGCUAUUGCUAUCACUACUCGUGAUGAUGAAAGAACAAUGUACAAUAAUAAACAAAAGAGGAAGCGAGAUAAGGCAAUGCAAUUAUUCUUGAGAUUUACUUUGUUUCAAAAUAAUAAGACAACGAAUGAGGAGGACGGGAAUGAUAAAAAGAAGAAACGUGAUAAUAAUAACAAUAUCAUUUUGCUGAUGACACAGAAAUUAUCUAUUAAGAAGAAAAAGCAAAAAGAAGACCAGGAUGCAGAAUUGGUUAACAAGCCUAAGAAGUUAUUGUUUCAACAAAUUUUACCUUUUUCUUGGAAGAAAUUGUACAUAUAA